GGCGACUGGAGAAACAUUUAGAAAUCUUAUGUUCUCUACAAGAGUGCAUGAAUCAACCAUUGCACAGUUUGUCCCUGUUGUGUGUCGAGCAAUUUAUUCUGUGCUAGUUAAGGACUACAUCAAGUUGCCCGAAACUUGUUCUCAGUGGGAAGAAAUAGCUACAGGUUUUUAUAACGAAUGGCAAAUUCCAAAUGUGCUUGGAGCCUUAGAUGGCAAGCAUAUUGCGUUUUGUGCACCAUUAGCAUCAGGAUCCACUUAUUAUAAUUAUAAGGGAUUCCAUAGUAUUGUACUACUGGCUCUUACAGAUGCUAAAUAUCGAUUUACAUAUAUAGACGUUGGUGUGAAUGGUAGAGUGUCUGAUGGAGGUGUGUUUAGUCAAAGUGAUCUGUAUAGAGCAUUGGAAAAUAAUUCUCUCAACAUACCACUUGAUAAACCGCUGCCUGGUAUGCAACGUGCAGUACCGUAUGUAAUUCUAGCGGAUGCUGCAUUCCCUUUAAAAAAAAAUAUAUUGAAACCAUACCCAUUUCGAGGCCUCACUGAAGAACAGGCGAUAUUUAAUUAUAGGUUAAGCCGUGGACGUAGAGUUGUCGAAAAUGCUUUCGGUAUUUUGGCCAAUAGAUUCCGCAUUUUGUUGGGAAAAAUUAAUUUGGGAGCUGAUAAAACUCGAGAUAUUACGUUAGCGUGUUGUGCUCUUCAUAAUUUUUUAAUUGCUGAAAGUAAUCUGUAUGUACAAUCGGUUGAGCAUACCCCCACAACCAGUAACGAUCAACUAGGAGGAAUUGGUCAGCAAAUUGGUAAUCGUCCAAGCAAUACUGCAAUGCAAAUUCGUGAAGAAUUUAACCGUUACUUUAAUGGAAUUGGAGCAGUAGAAUGGCAAAAUAAUAUGAUUUAAAUAUAGUUUUCAAAUAAGUUUUGUUCAUUUCAGUGUAAAGAAUGAGUUUAGCAUAUAAAAAAUGUUUUCUAGUGUUUUAUUUUAUAAAAUAUAAAUAUAAAAAUGUUUUCUUCAAUUUUCCUUUUCUUGCGCAUCGUAAAUGAGCAUCAUUAUCUGUCUCUUUACUUCUCUUAGGA